AUGUGCCAGAGAGCAGUUUUCAGUUACAACACAGGGUCAUGGUUUUCUCCUCUCUUCAUCACUGUGAUCACCCUUGGAUUGCAGUGGCCACAAGAAGCUGCCACCUUCCCAGCCAUGCCCCUUUCCAACCUGUUUGCCAACGCUGUGCUGAGGGCUCAGCACCUCCACCUCCUGGCCGCAGAGACAUACAAAGAGUUCGAACGCAGCUAUAUUCCGGAGGACCAGAGACAUGCCAACAAGAAUUCCCAGGCAUUCUGUUACUCAGAAACCAUCCCAGCUCCCACAGGGAAGGAUGAUGCCCAGCAGAAAUCAGAUAUGGAGCUUCUUCGGUUUUCACUGGUUCUCAUCCAGUCCUGGUUGACCCCAGUGCAAUACCUAAGCAAGGUGUUCACAAACAAUCUGGUUUUUGGCACCUCAGACAGAGUGUUUGAAAAACUAAAGGACCUGGAAGAAGGGAUCCAAGCUUUGAUGAGGGAGCUGGAGGACCGGAGCCCGCGGGGCCCACAGAUCCUCAAGCCCACCUAUGACAAGUUUGACAUCCACCUGCGCAACGAGGACGCCCUGCUGAAGAACUACGGCCUGCUCUCCUGCUUCAAGAAGGACCUGCACAAGGUGGAGACCUACCUGAAGGUGAUGAAGUGCCGGCGCUUCGGAGAGAGCAACUGCACCAUCUGAGGCCGGGACGGCCGCCCUCCAUCUCGGCCCCUCGCUGCGGGCCUGCCCCGUCCCGUCACGAAAAUCGCUCUGCCCCGAGGAGAAUAAACCCGCUACCGCUGA